AAUGGUUUAUGAUUGUCGUGUGUGAAUUUUGACGGGUCGAGUGCUAACAAUAUGAUGACUUAAGACUUAACAGAAAUGGUUAUAUUUUAUAUUUUUCGUUAAGACUUAAGGGAAGCGACCAAUCACAACAAACCGGAACCUUUCAACCGAAAGUUUAUGUCUUAUUAUUGGACCGAGCGAGGCAGUAUUUUGGGUUAGAAUCCGUAUAUUUGUCAUUUGUAAUCAUCAUCCAUUUCGAAAAAUAGAUAUCCCAUUUGUCAAUAACCUAUUUCAAACCUGCUUCUCCGUUUCGAACAAUGGCCAACCAUGUGUUUUGUGCUGUGAUUGGUUAGAAUUAACGACUUAUAUUUCAAUCAUAAACUGGAAAAUGUAGUUUUGACUUAAUCGUGUGCUCGAUGUUAAGUUAUAAUUCUUAAGGAAAUCAAUCGUAAACCCAGCUUUAAUAUAAUCAAACAUGGCCUUUGUUUAAAAUUUCAAGUUUUUCCACCGGUAUGUUCGCUGUAUCUAUGGAAUUUCACAUCUGUGAAAAUUUAUUUUUUUAAACCUAAUGAUGGCCGACCGCAGGUGUAGUUGUUAUUAACGUUACAAUCAAAAUAUUGAAAUUUCUGUUAGACACUGAUGACACUUAUAUUUUAUCAUUAAUAAGUUUAUUUUGAAGAUGACUCAGGCACUUUCGAAUAACAGGAAGCGACUGCGCAGCGGCAACUGUGACGAGGACUGCUGCGACUUCAUGCCGCUGUCCAAGAGGAUCAACAACCUGCACAUCAACACGUGCGGCUCGCUGGCGUACCUGCACCCCGACCUCUCUCUCCUGUCGCUGGGCGGGGACCUGGAGGGCAGCGUGCCGGCGUGGCUGCCGCCGUGCCAGCCCCAGGCGCAGGUCUCGUCCUACAGCCCGGCGCUGGGCGCCGACCAGAACCCCUACUACUACGAGAACAACAAGCUGCUGUACACGCUGUACCUGGAGCGCCUGCAGCGACUGGGGCACGCCGCCUACUGAGCGCUGUGGUACCUCCUUUGUCAAUUACACAGCACUAGUGGUGGUUUCCACAUUUGCCAACACAUCUAAAUUCCUUUGCUAAAUUUCCUUUUGUGAUCCUGGCGUGGUGUGUUCAUUAUACACACUUCAUGCAUUCCUCUAAUCGAGUGCUUUCAGUCGUACUAAAUUUGUGCCAUCAUUUACAGAUUGCUGUGCUCUUUAAGUACAUUUUUAGUUUGCUAAACUUUUUAAUCCUGUUCUGCCGUGUUUUUACACACACAUUGUCUUUCGAUCAAGGUUUCAAAAAUAUUUAUGCUGUUAAUUUGAAGUAUUUGAAGGAUGUGAUGUGUUUAUAAUGUGUGUGUAUGGGACUGGUAUAAUGUUGGCGAUUACAAUUGGAUAUGUGAAUCUAAUGUCAGACUGCAUAGUACUAAGUUAUGACAAUUAUUUGUGUGUAUUUGUAUCCUUAUAAAUUUUUAGUUGUGUUGUAUAUUUUCUUAAUUUAUGAAAAAAAAAAAAAAUAGGUGUUGUGCAUUUGAAAGCAAUGGAAUAAAGAAAUAUUUUGUUCUUAUAA